AACAAAACACUCCAAGCAUACAAUAAACCGGCCUACCUCCUCCUUACAUCUCACCACCACCCAACAACAGCUACCAACCCUUUCCCUCUCCUCUGUGCCCUAGUAUGUUACUACCCCCAGCUCUCUGGAACAGAUUCCCAUAGUAGCCUCGCCGACUGCCCCAACACAACGACCAACCCCUGCAUUGUGCCCCCCUCCACAACUUCUUCUUCAACCGCCUCCUGCUAUGACACCCUCUCCAUCCUUCCCAUCCAAGUCCAUCUUGCCGGCCACCAACCCACCACCCUCUGGGACGACUACAACAGCCACCCAAGCAAAAAGCGCCACAGAUGCCACCUCUUCUUUUACCCAGAAUCCGAACCCGGGUUCGCGGAGUCAACAGCCAGAACCCACGACGUGAUCAGUUCGCGCCUGGCCUGGAGCCGAGCGCUGGACUGUCUGAAGCGCGGGUUUGGUUGGCCCGCAGGGAGCUGGCAGGUACCUGUCGUGGAGACGGUGUGGGACGAGUACUGGCGGAAUCUGUUCUACAAUGGGCAGGAAGCGGGACGAGACGAGGUGGAGCAUCAUGCGGCCAAUACAGUGAACAUGAUGGUAGGGAGUGGUGGAGGUAUACCCUUGAACGGGAACGGGGAUAGCGAUGGGGAGAAAUCCGGCCCGACGGCGGAAUUGAAUGAGGUAGCGAUAGUCAAUUGCGUCCCUACCUCAAUUGGUGGAGAACACCCGGCUCAAAUCACUAAUUUUUAUACCACGCAGUUCUUUCCCACGGGACCACCGUCACAGAGUAUUCGUCUGUUGUCUCGCACGACCGGCACAGACCGGAUAGUUGACGAGCUUCUGCUCACGUUCACGCAUACAGAAGAGAUCCCGUGGCUGCUGCCCCGUGUGCCACCUACGGGUAAACAAGUGCGCGUUGUGAUUAUCAUGACGGCUAGCUUCAUUGCGGGGAAACUGGCCCGGCAUAAUAUUUAUUGGGAUCAGGCGAGCGUCUUGGUGCAGAUAGGACUGUUGGACCCGAGUCUGGUACCGACCGGUUUUAAGGCUACUGGGAAGAACAGAGAGGGAUGGGAUGUUGUGGACAGACUUCCUGUUGUUGGAGGGGAGGGAGUCGACAGGGCUUUAUCUUGA